AUGUCAAACCAGACUUCCUUCUCGAAUAAUACUUUCAGCUCCAACAAUACCCUGUCGAUGCCUCAAAUUUGUAUCAUAGAUGGUAACUCUGAUAUUUAUGGACUCGGUAUUCGCAUCGGUUUCUACUUCCAAUGGUAUGCCUCAAUUCUUGCAUCUGCUCCCAGAGGUUCUUCAGGAAAAGUUGCUUCGGACGAAGUUCAAGGGCUCAUGUUUUCCAUUGUUCUCUUCACUGUUGCGACUUUCCUGGCUCUGAUCAUUCAAACAUCGACGCUACAACUGGCUGAGGUUUAUAUUAUUCUACUCUUAGUAAUGGGCUAUCAUUAUUACUUCAUACCUAAGAUGUUUAUGGCACUCCUCAGCUUUAUCAAACAGCUUCUCAGCAAAGGGGAGAAAGAUGAGACGGGGCAAAGGAAAAACCGUGUAUGGGAAUUUAUUCUUCUAGCUGGUUUAUUCUUCUGUGUCAUUUCUUGUUUUCAGCUAUGGUUCUGGGGUGGAGACUUUCAGGAUCGCAACGGAAAGUCUAACACUUGUCCUAGUUUUGGAUUUGGAUUCAUGAGGAUUGAUCUCGAGAAUAUUGCAUUUCAUACUUUCAAUAUUACAUGUUGGGUUUUGUUGUUGAUACUUAGCUUGAAAUCCGGUGCUAGCAGCACGAGAUCAUCGAAAGAGUCAAACUCGAAAUAUGAUUCCAUGCGGUUUGGGAUUCUUUUCAUUUCUAUGACGGUUAUCAUUAUUGCUAUUGAAAAAAGCAUAGUAUGGAAUCAAAUUACUGGAGUGACGACAUUAGCUGGGGCCGGACAGCUGAUCCCUUUUCUUAUCGGACUGGGAUCGUUGUUUAGGGUUUGUUAUGUUGGAGUGAAAGGGAAUGACCGUCGAGAGGAGUUAUGA